UGCAGAGCCACGUUGUUUUGUUGUCGUGCGCGGGCCGCAGACGCCAGACACACAGCUGCGAGCUGUCAAAAAGGAGCAGAGCAAGUGCGCCAGGGAGAGAGAUCUCGUAGACAUGGCGAGAGUUUCCCGCAGUCUCUCUGCAGCGUGCGGAAAAACAACAGCAUUUUCCGGACCAAGGAUUCAUCAUCGUUCGUCCUUUCUAGGUUAUGAGUCAUAGCCGACGAAGCAGCCGAGUAUUCGCCUGCUGUUAGCAGCAGCUAUUCGCUGUGAGCAUAGACUGUGGCGCCCUCGAAAUGGUUUCUUUUCCACGUUAAAUCUUAUGGGCGAAAAAUAGUUCGAGCGGCCGCCGUGGGCGUGAUUGGUUCCUCUCUCCAUAAGACCGUGUGUAAAAUUGACAUCAGCGCCAGCCCUCCCCUCCAACGGCUCCAACGAGACGCACACAGCGAAUACUGAAGCAUAAUAACAACAACACUGCUUCUCGAGUUCUCGGGUUUCUGAUUCUGCUGAUGCAUCUGUCAUAGCCGCGUCGGCCGCAAGAGUGUAUAAGCGCUUGCGACGCGUGAAGCGUGAAAGGAGCUGCUCUCGCACGAGCGCAUCAGCGAUAUUACACUCUUGGUGAGCAUCGGUGUGUGCAUGGUGUGCGGAGUAUAAGUGGCAUUAUUUUAUCGUCGCUCAUUAUUUCUGCCGAAUGCGGUGGUUUUGAGUUGUAUUGUCGCUCUACCGCAGCGCCGAACACACGCUGUCUCUGAAGACUGCACAGUGCGUUUCUUUGUUUACCAUUCCAUUUUGUUCACGAUUUCUGACAUACUUGCAUAAUACAGAGAGAAAGAGAGCGAACUUUAACAGUAUACACGAGCUGCCAGAAACAGCUGAACAAAAGAGCUGCCUCGUUGACUUCUCUAUCGUCGCCUUUAUUUUCUAUUCAAGCGGAGGAGCACGUUUGCACACUUUCAACCUGUCAUAGUAAAAAAUGCUAUCCCUUGACAUGGUCGUAAGAAGGUUGCAUUGCGCAAUCUGAGACAUGAGAGGUGGCUGCUGUGGCACUGGCAAGAAGAAAAAGUACUGUUUCUGUGAUAAAUUAGGAAAAGAGUGUGCUCAAGAUGUCCGGCAGCUGGAACGCUCCAGUGGGCAUCAAGUGGAUUGAGUGGAUCUCGUCGAAAUGCUGUCCCAACAGCAGGAUAGACCGCAUGACAUGGCAUCAGGCAGGUGUGCUAGGCCUCACUUAUUUGGCUUACACUUGCUACCAUUUGACUAGAAAACCGAUCUCAGUUGUCAAGAAUGUUCUUAGUCUUAAUUGCACUGGCAGGCUUCCACCACCAGAUUUCGAUGGACUUAACAACGAUACGUGGUGCGACUGGGCCCCAUUUGAUGGACCUAAUGCUUCUGCCUUAUUGGGAGCAUUGGACUCAGCAUUUUUAUUUAGUUAUGCAGCAGCUAUGUUUGUCAGUGGCUUUGUUGCAGAAAGAGUUAAUCUUCGGUAUUUCCUAGCUUUUGGAAUGCUAGGUACUGGCAUUUUUACUUACCUUUUUGGUAUCGCUAGACCCUAUAAUAUUCACAACUUGUGGUAUUUCAUUUUUGUACAGGGUUUGUCUGGAGUCCUUCAAACGUCUGGCUGGCCAGGCGUAGUUACCAUAGUAGGAAACUGGUUUGGUAAAGGCAAAAGAGGACUGAUUUUUGGUAUCUGGAAUUCGCACACUUCUUUAGGAAAUAUUCUGGGGAGCUUGAUCGCUGCCCGGUAUGUCGAGACAGACUGGGGUCUCAGUUUUAUGGUUCCUGGUGCUAUUAUGGGAGCAUUAGGUUUUGUCAUAUUCCUAUUUUUGGCACCAAAUCCCAUCGACGUCGGCUGUAUUCCUCCUGGACCGUAUGGGUACAGAAAGUUGGAAGCAGCGCGUAGCUCCGAUGAGGGAAGUGGUUACGAGGACGUCGAAUCUAUGCAUAGCGAAGAUCGCCGACUCACCUAUCGCAAUCACGGGCGUCAGCAGGACGCUAUCGUUGAUUUGUUGGACGAGCAAGCGGAAAGAGGACCUUUACUGUCGGUCAACCGACAGACAGACAGCUCCGGCGAACGGGCUAUUGGUUUCAUAGGCGCUAUGAAAAUACCCGGAGUCAUCGAGUAUUCGCUAUCGCUUUUCUUCGCCAAACUCGUGUGCUACACGUUUCUGUUCUGGCUGCCGCUCUACAUCGCCGAGUCCACAACGUACGGUCCGACACUCAGCGCGGAUCUGUCGACACUUUUUGACGUCGGCGGUAUAAUCGGUGCAAUAGUGGCGGGUGUUCUGUCUGAUUAUUCCGGCAUGAGUGCGUUGACCUGUGCAGUUAUGUUAGGUCUUGCCUGUCCGACGCUAUUCAUCUACGACUACCUGGGUAGCAUGAACCUAGCCGCGAACGUGAUUCUGCUUAUGCUCGCUGGUCUCUUCGUAAAUGGGCCCUACGCUUUGAUCACAACAGCCGUUUCAGCGGAGCUGGGCACGCAUCCGAGUCUAGGAGCGGACUCGAAAGCCCUGGCGACUGUCACUGCGAUAAUCGACGGGACUGGCAGUAUUGGGGCAGCAGUCGGACCGUUGCUUGCCGGAUUCGUAUCGAGCCAAGGCGACCCGAAGAAUGCCUGGAGUAAUGUCUACUACUUGCUUAUGGCAUCAGAAGUUCUGGCAUUGGCUCUGCUGUCGAAAUUGGUAUACAAAGAUUUGAAACUUUUCGCGCAAAGGCGGAGAGCUGUCUGAGUGCGCACAAAUAAUGUCUAAAGGAGAGAGAACUUGUGUGAAUAGUCGAACCUGAAUCAAGCUGAACAGAGAGAUAUAUGUAUAUUUAAAUGUAAAUGUAUUUUUUAUAUUACAUUAUUCACAGACUGUCUCAGGAAACAAAAAAAAGAGAGUAAUUUUAGUGAAAAAUCGUUUUCUGAAAGCAAGAUGAAACGGGAAAAAUUCCGACCAUUAUUGGCCUAUGAUAAGCGAAACUAUAUAGACAAUUUAUUAUAAAAAUAAAUGUAUAAUUCUUUUUUGA